AUGGCAUGGCCUCCGCGCAACAACCACAUGGGCUACUUGAGCCUACCCCAGCAAUAUGAGUCCAGCAACAAAGAUCAUACGUUUGACGAGGGCACAUCUGCUACUGAAACACCUAUUGCUACGGCCACAGCGCCAUUAUCCACGGAGGACAUCUUGUGCGAUCCUCUUGUGCAGCAUGCUUCAACGUUGUUUGACCCUAACUUCACCUUACCUCCCACCAUUGGUCCUCUCAUUCCGGAAUAUAUGGACCAUGGCACUAUGCAGGGCCUCUUAGCCAAGUGGAAUAGUACCAACAAAGACCAGGCUGCAGACUACCACUGUCUAGUCGAGAACACUGUUAGGGUCCCGUCUUCGGGCUCUACAUCCUCUAUGCAUCAGCCCACUACAUCCAACGCCAACGACAUUCGGGCUACACGGGGAAAGCUAACUCAUGGUCGUCAAGCUAACAAACAAGAGGAUCGCCAGGGCUCUUUUGAAUGUCACUGGAUAGACUGCAACCACCGCGGGGCAUUCAGUGGCGAAAGUGUGCUGAUGCGUCAUAUUAGAACCCAGCAUGUCAAUCCGCGCUCCAUCGACUGCCCUAGUUGUGGCAAGUCCUUCAACCGGAAGGACAACAUGAUGGAGCAUCUCGGAAGGGUUCACCGGGAAUAUAUCUGA